GAAGCAUGAACACAAUAACAACUCUGUCAGCAACGUUUCUGCCGCUUGUUUGAGAGACAAGGUAGGUUAAACUACCGGCCAGUGUGUCGUUGUCCUGAGGUAAAGACACCAGGAGGGACGGGUCAGCGUUAAUCAGCCGAGUUAGCUGUUCUGCUAACUAAGCUGCUAGUCACUUUAAACGUGUGUUUGACGCCAGGGCUUCGGGAGUUGUAGUCUCAUGAUGUGAACGACGUUUUAAAGUUAUCUGGUGGGAAAAAAAACGGGAUUUACCGCCGUGUUGCUCGGUUGGCCAACUCAACGCCAGUCGCGGGUAUGUCCGGGGAGCGAGCCCCUUGGCCAGCCGGGGGGAAGGGCCUUCUCCGCGGGGGCCGUACGAGGUCAUACGGCAGCUUGGUCCGGUCUCCUCUCUCUCCGGUCCGCCAGAGACGCAUUGAACACAAAAUACAGCCAGGAGAAACUCUUCAAGGCCUGGCCCUGAAAUAUGGAGUGUCUAUGGAACAAAUCAAAAGAGCAAACAGGAUGUACACCAACGACUCGAUAUUCCUGAAGAAGUCCCUGUCAAUCCCUGUGAUAUCAGACUCGGACCACUGCAGUAACGGGGUGGAUCUGGUUUUAGAGGACAGUGAAGAAGACAAUGCAGGCUUUGCUACUGACCAGAAUGGGCACACAGGGAACUCCUCUGAGAAGACACAAGAUGGUGGCAAAGAACGGGCGUCAGACCUCACUCCAGUAGAUUUUUUGAAAAGGUUGGAUGGCUUGAUAAACCAGUCCAAGCAGGCUGCUGUUAAAGGAUGCCAGGAAGCAGAGAAAAGGGUUGCCGCGCUAGAAGCAGCGUGCACCAGCAGGACAUCAGACUGGCGUCCGCUCACGAGGUCGCAGAGUGUCACUUCAUCUUCCAGAAUGCAACAGCAGCAGGCAGCACACGGAGCAGUACCCCUAACUAUCACCAAACUCACCAAGAAACUGAGAGACCGGGAAGAUGAGAUCUUCCAGCUGUGACAUGUUGAUUCUGCUGCCUCACUCUGAUCAUUAAACAAACUUUACCAGAAAGCCAGAUCGCAGGGUUUGGCCUCCAGGAUUAAUAGAGCAUUACAGAUAAAGCAACAGAUCUCCAGUGAUCCCCCUGCUGCUGCUUCGACUUGGAGCUUAAAAGUCGUUUCACAUUUAAUAUAGACUUUAUAAUGGGAAGUUACAGUCUUUUAACAGGUUUUUAAAAGGAAUAUUGCACUUGUGUAGCCUUCUUAUUUAUUUGUUGAGACAUAAUGUAGACCAUGAAGAGCUUCAUAUUCUCCCAUAGCAAUCUUCGGUUUGUUUUCACACACAGGAGAUAAGAGCGUGAAAUGUUAAAAAUGAGAAUUCGCAGUCACAUGCUGGUUUAGUCACAUGACUCUUCGUAUGGUGAACUCAACGAGUGGUUUGUGUGUCAUGCUACCUCACAGCCUGCUAAUGCAAAGUAGGCCAAGUUUUCUGACCAAACGUUUUAGCCGUGGUAUGUAAGGUAUAUAAAUCAUGUUCAUUGUAAUAUUUAGAGCUCAAAAUUGCCCACGAAUUCUGUUACUCUGUCUGUUACUGCUGAAGUAUUUAAACUUUAAUGUAGCCAACGUUUAAAAAAGAGACAUGCCUUUUAGAAUAUUUUGACAGCAAUCUUUUUAUUAUUUUGUUAUGGGCAUAUUUUUAUGUAAUACAUUUUAGAAUAAAAAAAAUGAUUUAUUUCA